AUGCAUGUUGCCCAGUUGGUAGCAGGAACAGUCUUCCUGACCUCUGUGUUUUCAGCCUGUUCUGGACAAAAUCCAAUGACUGUGCUGUGCUCCAUAGACUGGUUCAUGGUCACGGUUCAACCCUUCAUGUUGAACAACGAUGUGUAUGUACACUUCUAUGAGUUACACCUGGGCCUGGGUUGCCCCGCCAACCACGUUCAGCCACACGCCUACCAGUUCACCUACCGUGUUACUGAAUGUGGCAUCAAGGCCAAGGCCAUCUCCCAAGACAUGGUUAUCUACAGCACUGAGAUGCACUACGCUUCUGUGGGCACAUCCUCUCGGUAUGCAAUCCCAGUGUCGUGUAUUGCUCCUCAGAAGUCACCCUGGUUCACUGUGCCUGCCUCCAUGACAGUAGCCGGAGAAGGAGGAGCCACGGCCUCCACCGAUGAGACAGGCCACAAGGGGUUCACCUUGGCGCAGUCUGACGAAGUGACUGACCAUGCUUGUCUACCUUGUGUGGUCACUGAACAAGAGCGCCCCCCAGCUCCGUAUCACCAAAUAGAGAUGGAGGAGGAUCCUCCUGCGCAGUCCUCUCCCUUUGUCGAUAUCUCUGAGGAUGUUUCUGCUUACUUGACUUGA